AUGGAGCAGGGCGUCGAGCUCGUCGGCCCGGCUCGAGUCGUGGGCGGCGAGGGCAGUACCAUGACAUCAGCUUCAGGUACGCGUGAUGCUGUUGUGGGCGUGUGGAGCUAUGCGUGGACACUGACCUUAGGAUGUGUAUGUGUGGUCGGGGUAGGAACGGCACAAGCUGGAGGAGGCGGCGGUGGAAGUGCCGCUAGUGUUGGAGUUUGUGGAGAUGACGAUGGAGAUAACGUGGGGUUUGGAUUGAAUGGGCUUGUUGGCGGAAAGGAUGGUUUGCUUGGUAGAGAUAUGGGUAAUCCACCAAACCCAAAAGGCAGACUUACAGAAAAUGGUCGUCCAGUCCUGGAUGGUACAACCCGUGCCUGA